AUGUCUUCCUACUUGUACAUGAAGAAGCUCUCCUUACGGCUUGCGGCGUCGACUCCCUAUAUUUGUCCGCGUAUCAAAGCAGCUCCAGCCUCCAAAGGUCCCAUUUUUAUCUGCGGGAUUUCUUGCAGGAACUGCUUCUUGGGGAAGCUGAGGCUUUCCAAUCACCGGAAGAAGAAGAAGAAGGUGGAGUUAGCGAUAUUUGAUUCUUUUCACAGCGGCGGAGUCGUCGGAGAAGAUGAAGACGACUUGACAUUUGCUAAUCGGAGGAUGGAGAGAUUGGAAGCCGCUCUGAAUGGAAUGAGCAAAUGGCUUGUGGCUGGCCUCUUUGCUGUUGCCAUUAUUUGGAAGCAUGACGCAGUGACAAUCUGGGCUGCCAUGGGAACUAUUGUGAAUUCAUUGCUCUCAGCUGCAUUGAAGAAGAUGUUGAACCAGGAGAGACCAUCAGCUUUGAGAUCAGAUCCUGGGAUGCCCUCAUCACAUGCUCAAUCCAUCUUCUAUGGUGUUGUCUUUGCCAUUCAUUCAGUAAUGGAAUGGAUGGGAGUGAAUGCGAGUUCGGUUCUUGUUGGAGCUUCCAUCUUCAUCUGUGGCGCCUAUCUGUCAUGGCUAAGAGUUUCACAGCAACUUCAUACCUUAGACCAAGUAUUUGUUGGUGCUACUCUGGGAUCUGCAUGCAGCAUAAGUUGGCUCUGGAUUUGGCAUUUAUUUGUACUACAAGCAUUCAAUUCAUCGAUUACCGUUCGAGCAAUUUUGUUACUUGGUGCUGCAACUUACUAUGUUACCUUACUGCUCUAUGCUAUCCGCCAUUGGCUUCUCAUCAAUUAG